AUGCAAGUAAUAAGAGACGACUGGACUGUAGUGGUUUAUUACAAGAUGGAACCAUACUGGCAAGGGAUGAAGACAUUCGAAAAUUACUUCAAUUACUUGGAAGAUACAUGCAAGAAACUGAACGAAGAAGUGCAUUGUGACGUCAUUCUAUGGCAGCUACGUCACAGCUACGACGAACUGCAACACUAUAAUACGAUACUGAUGACGCAACACACGCGCACACGCUCGCGCAGGCGACGCGGUCUAAUCAACGCAGUGGGCUCAGUGGCUAAUACACUGUUUGGAGUCCUAGAUGAGAAGUUUGCCGAGCAGUAUCAGAAAGAUAUUACUCUCAUACAUGAUAAUGAACAACAUUUGGCAUCACUGUGGCGAAAUCAAACUUCUAUCGUCGAAGCCGAAUAUAAUUUACUGAAAAGAAGCGAGGAAGCCAUCAAUAAGCAACACAAAUUAGUAAACAAACACCUAAUUAAAAUAGAAAACGCCGUGAACAUACUUAAUUCAGAGGUGUUCAACAUUUCACAAGCAAAUUACAUGACGUUGACCGCUGUAGCUGCAAGUAACAUGAUACACGAACUGCGAAAUAUGCAAGAAACCCUGCUGAAUACGGUCACCGACGUUUAUCAUGGAAGAUUCAACUUCCAUCUCUUAUCACCUGAACAACUUAGAAACGAGCUAAGUGUCAUAGCAAGUCAGAUCUCAAGUGAACUAACUCUGCCCAUAGAUAAUAUACAUGUUAGUUUACAAAACAUAUACCAUUUAUUGAAUAUCAAGGCCAGAAUGUGCGAAGAUUACCUACUGUUUGAGAUAAAAGUACCUUUAGUCGGCAGAGAUUCCUUCGAAAUAUUUCAUCUCAUUCCCGUACCAACUGCAACAAAUCAUAGCAAGAUGAUAGACACGAUCCCAAUAUCAGAAUUCUUGGCCAUCAACUUAGCUAAAGAUGCUUAUAUCACGAUGAUAAAAGAAGACAUCUCCUCAUGUCAUCAGCAAGAGCAGACUUAUUUAUGUCAACUCAAGAAACCUGUAUAUCACCUCAAGCAAGAAGAAAGUCUUUGUGAAUUAGACAUCAAUAAGAAACAAUGCAAAACAGUUGUUCACCCCUGCAUCAAUAAGUGGGUCGAAUUAAACACAAUAAACAAGUACUUGUACUUUUGUUGUGAGAAUAAAUAA